GAUUUAGGCCCUUGAUAACCUACAAUAGGUGAAUGAGGCACAUACAAUAUGGCUCCUCAGUGGUUAGAAUAUGUGUUUCUUAUAUUCAUUUUAAUGGUCUAUGAAACACAAGGAGAUAAUCAUGAAAGAAAUAUUUUUGCAGCUCGAGUAGAAAGUUGUAGUGGAUGCCGUUUGAAUCGUCUACCCGAGGUGAAGAAGUUUAUUUUUGAAGAUGUUCCUCUGUAUGAAUUUGUAGAAUUCCAACAUAUUCAAGGUGCCUCCCCAGAGCUUGUUUUGAUAGACUUAUAUGAUAAGGAACUGGAACGCAUUGAUCUGGCUCCAUUGUCUCGUCAGGACUGCAAUGACCUCCUAAUUAAGAAAGGUUUCCUCAAAAAGAAGCCAGACAAUGAGGUGCACCCUAACUUGCAGCAUGAAGACUUUUGACAAGCACAUUCAUUUACUAAGAGUAUUUUCUGUGUUGUUGGAUCCUUAUAUUAACAUGGCUUUCACCUUCUGUUAUCACAUUCGUUGUUGACAAAAUUCUUUUCCUUGUCUUUUGUUUUAUCAGACACUAAAAGCGGUUGUUUCAUUCACCUGUUAUCCUGGCAACAGUGAGGUGUAUUUGAACAGUUAUGACUAUCUUAUUGAGUCUAUGAACAAAAUAGGUGUCUAACUAAACAUUUAAUUCUUGUGUUAUUAGAUAUACUAGAAGUGGUAUUAUGAUAGACACAAAACACACAGAAUUUGGCAGCAGUGCCAAGGCAGUAGUACACUACUGUCAUCUUCUGGCAAACACUAUAAUGUUUUAGUGAAUAAAAGUAUUUCACUGAGCAUAAGGUCUUGGUUAGAAAAAUAUAGUAAUGAUCCAUGAAUGACUUAUCAAAUAGAUCGCAAGUCUGCAGUUUUAAACAUUUUUCCUGUUUUGGAUUAUUGAUUUGUAUUUUACAUUAUAUGUUAAGUAUGUAUCUUGCAAAGCCAGUUUUGAACAUUGAUCACAUAUUGUAUAAAAAUGAUACACAUUGAUGAAAUUUGAAUAUUCACAUUAAUGUACAGCUGUCACAUAAUGACAUGUUUACAAAUGUAAUUUUGUCUUGUGCCUAGAAAAAUAAAAAACACAAUAGUAUAGCAUCAGAAGUUGCUGGGUGCACAGGUUACACAGUGUCAAAGCUGUGCCAAAGCUAUGUAGUGAGCUUCUGACAGCAUCAUUAAGUAAAUCAUAUGCUGUGUAUCCACCACCUUCAUAAGAAGACAGCUGUGAAGCAUACACAUUCUAAAAGUCGUAUUAAAGUAUACAUAAUUCAAAAUAUAUAAAAAUGAAUUCUUUCACAUACUAAAAUGAAAUAAAGAAUUUUCUUGUCAGUGUUAAGAGUCAUGAUUUUGACCUUAUUGUAAGUACCUGCAGUGUAUGAUCAUGUUAUACCUGUGAAAGCAUUAUGUUUACACAAGAGUAUUUCCCACACAAGAUUCAAGUUUAGUUAAGUGGGAUUGCAACUGAUUGAGGUAUACAGUAAGUUAGUAUAGAUGUAUGUACAAACUUUUGUUGAUUCUUGAAUAAUUAGAAGUAAUUAAUUAUAGAAACCUAUCAGCAGGAGUUGUGUAAAAUAUCACCAGGAUGUAUGACAUACUGUUUUUUUGUAUCUAAUCCCAUGUGCACAUUUAUGGGCUGUGAAUACUCUUUCUGAUUCAGUGGGUUCUGCUGUGUUUUAUAAAGGCAUGUUACAUGUCGUUAAUCAGUGAUCUGUAUGACGAGGAGUUGUGCCUUAGAACUGGGAUGUGCACAGUAACACUUCAGUCUGCAGUGGCAGUGGGUGAGGAAAGCCAGGCAUCUGACCCUCCCCUCACCCAGAAUUUUGAAAAGAUUGAGCUUGGGGAAAAAAAUAUCAGUACACAAAAUAUUAAUAAAAAUGUUCUUCUGUAAUGAAAAAAAAUAAAAGCAUUUAACUAAUAGCUGAAUGUAUAAAGUGAAGCUUUCACAGCGACUUAAGUUAAUGAAAGAUUCUCGGGUUACAAGCCGCGUUAGGUGGCUGAAUGGUGAAUAAACCAUAUAUUCUGCCAAUGUUUUGACAACAAUCUCUACUGUCAUCCUCUGGGCUGCUGAGUUCCCAUCAGUGAAUGCAAUACAAGGAUCAGGUUUUAGCUACCUGAUGCAGCUUGUAACCCAGAGUCUUUCAUUAAUAGCUAAGUGUAAGUUUGUAAACACAUUUUCUGGCUAUCCCCAUACCCCAAAAAAAAAAUUUGGUGGGGUCUGUGCCAGUAUCAAUGGCAGGUCAGCAGAUAAUCCCUCUCAAGAACCCUCCAUUUUUUACUACUUCUACAUUUUCUGUUAUGUGGAAGUAACUUUAAGGUCACGCGACAGUUUUUGCUGCACAUUUUAUAACAAUUUGAAGUUGUUAUAUGUUGGGUGCAGGACACUGAAUUUGUUACCUGUGAUGAAUGCAGCAAAUAUAAACAAAUGUUACUGAUAAUUUGCCACUGAUAUUAGACAUGUAAUUUCAUGACAUUUAACAAUCAGUAAUGCACAAUAACUUAUUAAAAUUUAGUCCAAAGUGUCUGGAAUGGAAUGGUACAAGACAGUAAAGCACACUGCCAGUUUUUGAGAUGAGUUAAAGAGUAUAAUUAUGAUUAGUCAAAACAUUUCUCAUGUCUUAAUUUUCAAAACUUCAAAUAACUACUACUACAUUUUGAGCACUAUUUAAUAUUUUGUAACAUUCAAUCAUAUUCUGUAACUCACUGCCUAUGUAAUAUGCAUUUUACCACAAAUUCCAUCCAUAAUUAGCUGCAUGGGACAUUUCUGGUGUCUUCAAGACUAAUACAUUUUUAGAAAAAUUUCGGUGUGAUUUCUCUUUUAUAACAUCUUUUGGUUUUUAUUUUACAAUGAAAACCACAUUAUCGCUGUAUUAUAAAUGUUUGUGUGUGUAUCUGCGUGAUUGAUUGAUUAGGAUAUUAUUACUUAUGGCAUGUAAAUAUUCUGUGUAAUCUGUUAUUGAAGCCUGCAAUUCCUGUCAAUGUCAAAAUGAAUAUAAUACAAAGUGCAGUAUAUAAGGGGGUUUGUUUGUAUGCUGAAACACAUGUACUUGCUGCUAGGGAAUAUAAAGUUAUGAGCUCAGGCUUUUUCCUUAUGCUGGGAGUUAAAAUUAUAUGUGAUACAUACUUUUCUUGUAACUGUUAAUUUUUUUAUUGUUCAGUGUAGCAGUAUCUGUUUUAAAACAGCUGUUUUACCAUUCUUUAACCUCUUUAUCUGUAUGCCUAUUUCAGGAUAAUGUUGAUCUGUAUUUUAAGUAUGUGUGAGAUGGCAACCUGUAACAGUGGUUAACUUCUGAACUUACAUUCCCAUUUACUUUGUGUAAUUUUGUAAAAAAUAUUUAGCCAUCACUUGUGCUUUGAUGUGUAUAAAAUUACCAAUUGUUAAGUUCUUCUAGAGAAACUAUUUCUAUUUUCUGUGCUGCUACUUUAUUAUUUUCUUAGUUUUCUUCUAAAUACAAACUGUCACCUAGUUAACAAGAACAUUGUCUAGUCAACACAUAAUAGAAGAAAACCCUGCACAGUGUGAUUUUGAGUAUUGUUUAGUUCAUGAUUAUAAAUGGAAAGCAAGCCCAAAUGCUCCUCCAUGAAAGCUACAAGCUGUGAUACAACAAUAUACAGUAACAUACAUUAAACCUCAAUAUUACUGUAUCUUAAUCUCAUCUCUGAACUCAGUGUGUAGCAGAACAGAAUAACUUUUUGUUUACCCUAGCCUGAAAUUUUCAUUGCUGACCAAUCCUUUGACUGUUAUAUUUCUUCAUGUAUAAUUCCUGUCAUACAUUAUAAAGCUUCCACAUUUUGUGACUUAGACAUGCAUAUAUGUGGUCAAUGUUUGGAAUUACAUGAGCACAUGUUGUGACUGACUGUAGAACACUUCUGUUGAAAAAAGUAAUGUGUGAUUUUGCAAUAAUGUAAUCUUCUGUGAUUGUUAAUGUAAUGUACUUAGAAAUAAAUAAAUGCACAUACUAGUCUCA